AUGGCACGUAACAGUGAGAAAGCACAGUCGAUGCUCUUCCGCUUCCGGGCGCAACAAGCCGCGGAUCUCGGAAUCAUCGACAUUGGACGGACGCGUCGGCCCAAAGCCAUCACCUCCGUGGACUCUAUCCCCAGCUGCGAGAAAUGGCGAGGCCAAGUCCUCAAAGAAAUCUCGCGCAAGGUGUCCCGCAUCCAAGAGUCCAGUCUAUCCGACUACCAGAUCCGUGACCUGAACGAUGAAAUCAACAAGCUGAUGCGCGAGAAAUGGGCGUGGGAAAUGCAGAUUCGGAACCUGGGUGGGCCGAACUAUAUGCGUGGUUCGGGACGUGUGUAUGAUGACGAGGGGCGGGAGAUCCCCGGUGGUGGGAAGGGGUAUCGGUACUUUGGGCGCGCGAGGGAGUUACCUGGUGUCAAAGAGAUGUUUGAGGCUGCAGCGCGACGGGGGAGAAGGCCGCCCGAGGAAGAGGAGGAGGAAGGAAAAGGGCGGGGUGGGGAUAUUGCUACGAAGAAGGUUGAUGCGAAUUACUUCGGGUAUGGGCUGGAUGAAGAGGAUGGAUCGUUGCUUGCGUAUGAGAGGCAGAAGGAGAAGGAGGCUGUUGAGCAUCUACGAGGGAAGAAGGACGGUGAUGUGGAGGAUGGGUGGGAGCCGCUUCCCGGCGACGCUGGCGAUGGGGUUGAAUGGAGGUUGCCAACGUUGGAAGAAGUGCAAGAGGAGCUUGUGGACCGGAGGCGACGACGCCUGCUGGACAAAAUUUCUUAG